CAAAAAAAAUGGAAAAAAAAGAAGAGAUAAAUAAGAAGAAUCCAUUUUUAUAAAGAUAUGGAAAAGUGCAAUCUUAUUGAAAUUAAAGAAAAUGGAAAUAUAUCAAAUAUAAAACCAGAUAAUGGACAGACACAAAAAAAGCACAGAUCUCAUAGAAGAAGAUUAAAAAGUGUUUUAGAACAGUUAGAUGGAAGCAGAGAUUUAAUGGAACUCAGCUGUUGUGAAAAUCUCGAAAAUCUCUCUUCUAAGUUAUUAAUUAUACUUGAAGAUGUUUAUAAAGAAAGUUUGAUUCAAGUUUCUAUCAAUCUUAUGAACCCUUUAAGUGGAGAUUUCAUAAAUUUUAAAGAUUCAAGGCAGUGUGGGUUUGGUUCACUACAAAAGAAUGUACCAAAUGUUUUAAGACAGUGGUGUUUAACAAGUCAAAAUAAUAAUAACUGCACUCCUGGAAUUACAUCGAACAACUAUUCUGACAGAUUUAAAUGCAUUUUCCCAUUGGUUCCUGAAAUGGAUAAGAAAAAAGGAAGCCGCGUAUAUGCAUCCUUUGUUUCUUGUUGCAAUAAAAGAAAACAUGCUCCACAUCAAGUUAUAACUUGGCCGAUAUACGAUGAAAGCAAAUAUACUACAUGCGCUCUUAUUUUUUUACUUCUGAAGCCUCGCUCUUCCACACUCUUACCUGCACUUGAAAAGAUCAGCUUAGCUAUGGCAAAAGCACAUAUAAAAAUCAUGGGAGAUAUAUCGAAUCAGCAAAAGUUUUUAAUGCUAAACGAUUUAGGUACAUUAUUUACAAAAGACAUUGCUGAGCUUUCGAAGAGAAUAAUCAAUAAAUUGACAAAUACAUUGCUAGCUGAAUCUGGAGUCGUGCUACUGGUUAACAAAAGCAAUGAUCAACUUUUUGCUCAAUCAUUUGGAAACAAAAGUUUUGUUGAUGAAGAAUAUAGAAUUGAGAUAUCUAAAAGUAGUUUCAAUGCAUGGUGUGAUCAACCAACUUCGCUUUCUUUUUCGCUUAUUCCUGAAUCUCUUAUAGCUGAAGAAUUUAAUAAAUUAAAAGCAUUUUUCAAAAUAGAUUUAUACAUUAAAAAUAUUUUGGUUGUACCUGGCUUCUCAGAAGAAGGAAAAGAACUAAUUGCAUUUUUCUGCCUGUUCAAUAAAAUUGGUUCAACAGGAGGCUUCACUCUAUUAGAUGAGGAAUUAGUGUCCAUGGUUGUUGAGAACUGUAAACAUAUAAUAUCUAAUGCAUUAGAUUGGAAAAACCAGACUCUUAUUCAGAGACAGAAUGAGACUCUGCUUGAUAUUUCAAAACGGCUUUUUAGUAAUUUAGAUGAUGUCUCAGUGUUAUUACAUAAAAUUAUGGAAGAAGCUAGAAACUUAACAAAAGCUGAAAGGUGCUCAUUAUUUUUGGUUGAUCAUGAAAAUUCAGAGUUAGUUGCAAAAGUGUUUGAUGGGAUUGAAAAAGAGAAGGCUGAGGUUAGGAUACCAAUAAAUCAAGGAAUAGCCGGCCAUGUGGCAUGUACAGGUGAAACAAUCAAUAUAAAAGAUGCAUACUCUCAUCCAUUAUUUUAUCGUGAUGUUGAUGCAAUGACUGGAUUUAAAACAAAGCACAUACUUUGCUUUCCAAUUCGAUCUGACCAAGAUAAAGUUAUUGGUGUCGCUCAGCUUUGCAACAAAAUUAAUGGAAAUUCUUUCACAAAAUUCGAUGAAGAACGAACAACUGCUUUUGCCAUUUUUGUUGGUCUCAGUUUAGUUCAGAGUUUACUUUAUAAAAAAGCAACAGAUGCACAACAACGAAGCAAAUUAGCAAAUGAGCUAAUGUUGUACCACAUGAGAGUUCCCAAUGAAGAAGUAGAAAAGUAUGUGGCACAUUCGUUUCCUGCAAAAUGUGAUAUCCAUCCAAGAAUGGAUGAAUUUACAUUUAUGCCAAGAAUUGAACUUUCUCAACAUGAUAGUAUUCAGGUUGUAUUAGCGAUGUUUGUGGAUUUAGAUUUGAUAAGGAAGCUCAAAAUUCGUGAUUCUACACUUGUCAGGUUUAUUUUAACUGUUCGUCGAGCAUAUCGUGAUGUAGCUUAUCACAAUUGGACACAUUCUUGGACUGUUGCGCAUUUUUCUUAUCUUCUACUUAAGUCAACAAAAGCAAGAGAUUACUUAAGUGAUUUAGAAGCUUUUGCGCUGUUGGCUGCAUCUCUGUGUCAUGAUAUUGAUCAUAGAGGGACAAAUAAUUCAUUUCAAGUAUCUUCACAUUCUGUACUUGCAUCAUUAUAUAGCUCCGCAGGUUCUGUUUUAGAAAGACAUCAUUUUGCGCAAGCCAUGUGUAUUAUUCAAACAGAAAGCUGUAACAUCUUUGAAACAUUUUCCCAAGAGGAUUAUAGCAGAGCAUUAGAUUUAAUGCAAUUGAUGAUUCUAGCCACUGAUUUAGCAAAUCAUUUUAAAAUAUCUUCGCAGAUUGAUAAAUUGAUAAGUACUGGUUUAAAUAAAAAUGACAAAAACCACAUUGAUCUAAUGUUAUCACUAUUCAUGACAACUGCAGACUUAUCAGAUCAGACUAAGCCUUGGGAGAGCACAUUUUCUGUGUCUGAUCUUUUAUACGCUGAAUUUUUUGCUCAAGGAGAUCAGGAAAAGUCUCUUGGUUACACCCCCAUCCAAAUGAUGGAUCGAGAAAAAGCUAGUAUUCCCGAAUUACAAUUUGUUUUUUUAAGUAAAAUUGCAAUGCCUAUUUACCAAAAGUUAAGUUCGCUGUUUCCAGAAACCACUAGCAUACUUUCGUGUAUUAAUGAUAAUAUGAAUCGAUGGAAAGAAAUGGAAAGUUUAGAAAACUCGUAGUGUUAUCCUUGCAUUCAAAUAUACUUCUAUAAAAUCUUUCGUUGUUUGGAUAAAAUUAUUUUUAUGAAAGCAAAAUAACGUUAUGUGUGUUACAGAAGUUACUUUUUUUAAAGAACUUCAAGGAUAUGGCAUCUUUGAAAUUAUUUAUUCCCAUUACCACCCGGUCGCAAUCUUUUUAAAGACUCGUUUUUCAGUAACUAUUUAAAUUUCAUAUUUAUGCGUUAUCAAUUCGGUAUGGUUUUUUUUUUUGAAAGUAUUUUAUAGUAUUUUUCAUUCGAAUCGAAUGUAAGCAUAGAAGCUUAGUUCAAAGUUUUAAGCCAUUUGUAUAGUUCAUGCCGUUUAAAUUAUUCUAAUGGAGAUGCGUUAUCAUUGUACAUAAAUGUAAAUGUUAUUUUUUAAUUAUUUUUAAUUA